CUCUGUCUCUCUGUCUCUCUCUCUCUCUGUCUCUCUCUCUCUCUGUCUCACUGUCUCACUCUCUCAGUCCGACAGGUUGCAUUCUCAGCCUCUCUGCUGGCUAAAGGUAAAACAGGUAACCAAUAUAUCGGACCCUUUUCCGCGGACACUACCCUGAUCUACAAAAAUGUCGAGACCAACAUUGGAAACGCCUACAACCCAAACACAGGUGUGUUCACUGCCCCGGUGAGAGGAGCGUACCACUUUGUGUGGUGGGUCACUUAUGACGAUGGUGGCCGGCCUGCAAGUGCUGUGUUGGUCAAGAACUCAGAGAAUGUUUUCAUGGCGUGGGAGAAGCAGGGGAGUGCUUCAAAUGGCGUCACGCUGCUGCUGGAGGUGGGAGACGUUGUGUUUCUGCAUCUGUGGCCUGACACUGUGGCGCGUGACAACAACAAUCACCACACCACCUUUAGUGGACACCUGCUGUUCCCCAUGUGAGACAGAAACAGCAGCUCUGUGACAGGUUGUUGUUGUCUCUAACAAGUCUUCAUAGCAUUUCAUAGACUGGAUCUGAUUUCAUCUGCAUCCAAAUAAUAAUAAUGACUAAUAAUUGUAGACAGGAGCCUAUGUUCCUUCAAAUAUAAAGUGGUUAAUUUUUCUGAUUCUCUCUUGUUUCUGUCAUUUUAAUCAAAUAAUAAAAACAACAUAAACAUAUAUCAUUG